CAUGCACCUUGAGGAAGCCGGCGUUCUGCGCGUGCGCGAGCCAUAGAGGCCGCCGGCCGCGCAUGCGCCCUUGGCUGGCGGGAGUUUCGCGAGAGGCGGUAGUGGCGCGGAAGGCGAAUGGCGCCGCUGGUCCAUACCGGGAAGAAGCAGCCACCUUCGCGCCGAGCGUCCAGGGGUAACCCCGGGCCGUGGAGAAAGUGACCUGCGGCCUUGUGUUUCGAGGACGAAGGCUCCGGGCCGGACGCGCGUCGCCCUGAGGUCAGGAAGUCGCAGACUUGUCCCUGGACUCGGCCUCGCUCAGCCCCGCGCCAGUCUUUUUGGAGUCGGAGCCCUCGGCCCCGCCCAGACCCGACCCGUCUCCACUCCCCGACAGCGGGGACUUGGGGGGAGGUCUCCGGGGCUCUGCAGCCUCCUCCUGGGUUCUCCACCCAGAUGACUUCAGUGACUAGAUUGGAGAUUGUAGAAGUGCUAGAAGAAGAACCAGUGACAUCCAAGACUUAUGAUCAUCAAUUGGAAUCAGAUCCCAUCCCUGCAGAAGCGUGUCAUAAAUCAUCUGCCUCCCUGGAGAUGACUGAAGGCGUUUCAAAGGAACGAAUUCACCUGGGCACUAGCCCCCAAAAAAGGGAAAAUUGUGAUCUCAGCCGCCAGGAAGGACUUCAAUCCAGGUCCCUUCAUUUGUCCCCCCAAGAACAGUCUGCCCGUUGUCAAGACAGGAGGCAAUCCUGGCGGCGAGCAAGUAUGAAAGAAACGAACCGGCGGAAGUCACUGCCUCCCUUUCAUCAGGGCAUCACAGAGCUCUGCAGAUCCAUCAGUGUCAACAUGGCAGAAAGCAAACGGCUGGGCUCUCUUCUGCUUUCCAGUUUCCAGUUCUCUGUUCAGAAACUUGAACCUUUCCUAAGGGGCACUGAGGGCUUCAAUCUUGAAAGUUACAAAGCCAAAGCAUCUUCUCUUUCGGAAGAAUUGAAACAUUUUGCAGACAGUCUGGAAGGUAAUGGAGCUCUACAAAAAUGUUUUGAAGAUCCAGAGGGAAGAGCAUCAGAUUUGUCUCUGGAAACAUCGGUGGCUGAGAUGAAGGAAUACAUAACAAAAUUUUCUUUAGAACGUCAGAGUUGGGACCAGCUGUUGCUGCGCUACCAGGAGGAGGCUGAAAAGAUCAUAUCCAGAGGGUCAACUGAAACCAAAAAUACUGAAGUUGAAGUGGGACCUACAACAUAUCUUAGGUCUUCCCAGAGUGAAGUCCUUAAUACAAAGCCUGACUACCAAAAAAUAUUACAGAACCAGAACAAAGUCUUUGAUUGUAUGGAGUUGGUGAUGGAUGAACUGCAAGGAUCCGUGAAGCAGCUGCACACCUUUAUGGACGAAAGUACCCAGUGCCUCCAGAAGGUGUCAGUACAGCUCGGGAAGAGAAGCACGCAACAAUUAGAUCCUUCACCAGCUCGAAAACUGCUCAAGCUUCAGCUGCAAAAACAACCUACCACACAUUGCUCUAAAUCUUGUCAGUGACCUUAUGCAGCUUUUCUGCCACAAAGUGCUACUGUAGGUGAAAGAAAUGGGAAGAGUGCCCCAGUGCACGGCAGCUGCACGGCAGUCUGAGCUGUGAUGUCUGCCCCAUUGCCUUUGAAGAUAACUGGCUGACUGUAUAGCACUUCAGUUUUUCUCUAAAAGUGAUGGAAUUUAUGCAUCUGAAAGGAUGUUGUAUAGACACUUUUUCCAAGAAUGUUCAAAAUGCUUGGCACUUCUGUUUUGGAAUGACCUUCAGAACUAGUGGCCCAUUCUUUUGAAUAUCCUUUGUGGUCAGGAACCUUCCUCUUGUGAAGAUGUUUUGCAGGUUUUGAAACAACCCAAGUCAUUCAGGACCAAAUCCAUGAAACAUUUUAGGGGUCAUUCUGGUAGUAAAGGAAUGAGACUGAUCUUUUAGUGUGGCUUUGAAGGUGAUUUUAGGUAGAGGAGAGGUGAGCAUUGUUUGCAUUGUGUUGACACAUAUAUCACUUCACAAGAUGUCCAAAUUGAAGGAGAUACUACUCAUUUUCUAUAUCCUGCUAUCCAUAGUGUGCUUUAGCUUUUGAUAGUUGACAUCCUAAGUUUUGGAUUAGUGGUAAGAAGGGGUUAAGAACCUCUUUUCAUUAUUCUCUGUAUUUGUUAAUAAUCUGCAUUAUAAGAUUGCACAUACUUAAAAGCUUUCCCUUGUCCUUAUGUUUAUUUUGAGUGUAUAAAAAAAUUAAAAGGCAGGGAAAGCUUAGCAGAAAAUAGGAUUCUUUGCCAGGAUGCAGAAGUGAAUAGUAGUGGAGAAACACCUCAGCAUUAACUACAAAUAAAACACCAACUACCUUAUUGUUAAUGUCUCUUAUUCUGUGAUCCUCCUAUUAGGAGAAAACCCACUUCAUUUAAAUACCUGGCCAUAAUCCUAAGUCUUAAGCCUUGGCCUAAGUACCAGUUAGUGAGAGGUGGUAUCUCCUUGCUUUGACUUACGUUCCUCACUCUCUCAUAUUUACAAAGCCCCUGCUAUAUGCCACGCACGGUUCCAGGAACUGGGGAGAGAUCAAAGAACAAAAACAGACAUGGGACCUCCUUUCAUGAUGCUCACAGUCUAGUGGGGACACAGGGAACGAGACCACUUCUCUGCAGAAGUGAUGUUUUACUUGAUUUGGGGAGAAUAAAUGAAUUAAAUAGGGCAGUUAUUUGAGGUAAAAGGAGCAUCAUUUUGAAAGGCCUGAGGGGAGAAUGAAAUAUUCUGGGAUACUAAAAAAAAGAAAAAAGGUAAAGCAGAAAUGCUGAGUGCCAAUGUAAGAACCAUGUGAGACAGAAUUGAAAGUCAUUGGUUUUAAGAGGGAGAGAUGGGAAUAGAACUUUAUUUUUUAAAGAGCACUCCAGUUGAUGUUUGGAGACAAGAUAGAAGCAAGAAGGUGUGGGUGUGAGAGACCAGUUGGGCUACUGCAACGAUCGAGGUGGAGAAUGACAGCCUGUGCUGGGAGUUGGCAGUGGGUGAGUUGGGGGAUUUGUUCAUAGGUCUGGAACAUAGACAUGUCAUCUGUGUUAAAAGCCUAACUCUGCCACUUACUAACUGACUGAAAAAGGUUAUUUAACCUCAUUUGUAAGAUUGGGGGGACGACAGUAUCUGUAUCACAGGGAUGCUAUAAGGGUUAGACUAGAUAACAGAAGUAUAGAACAGCUGUACCAAUGUGAUGGAGGUGGGUAAAAGUUCUAACAACUGGGUGGGUGGGUGACAGCAGUUAAUGACAUGGGAAAGUUAGUAGUUGAAUUUGGGAUGCCAAACAGAAGUCACCUAGACUGUUGGAAAUACAGGUGGAAAACCUGGACUAGAGAUUAAAAUUUGGAAGUUACUGAUAUCUAGUUAUUAAAGCCUUAAGAAUAGAUAAUAUUGUCCGGAGUAGAGCAAGAAGGGAAACUGGACAGCCCUGGGGAAAGCUUUUAAGAAUCAGAGGAAUGGUGUUAAUUGUCUAUUCUUCCAGAAGCAGAGUACUAAAAUGCAAAGAGUAUAGAGAUUGGAGUGAAUCUUCAUCCUUAUCCUCAAUUUCCUUAUCUAUAAAAUGGGGAGAGACACCUCUCUCCAAAGGUGAUUGUAUCUCCCCUCAUUUAUUUAUUACAUUGUAUUGCAUUUUUUGUUGAUAAGAAUUUAUUUAAACUCAAGAAUAAGAAGUAAUGUUUUUGUGUCUGCAACAGCGAUACAAGAUAGAGCACAGAUACAUUGUAAAUCA